AUGACAAUGAGCCAAGCGCCUGGAACUGCCAUCUGGCUUGGCGACGAUGGCAAUCUCUCACAACGACGGCUUUCAGAGACUUACACCCCAACUGGAUCUGACACACUUGUGGGCGUCAAGUAUUCCGGUAUCAACCCGGCGGACAAGAAGCAUUUCCUGAUGGGCCUUCAUUCGUUCAUCGCCGGCUACGAAUUUUCCGGCAUCGCUAUCGCAGUUGGUCCAGACUCUCCUUUCCAGCUUGGCGACGCUAUUUUUGGCAUAAAUCGGCCGCAACACCAAAGACCUGCAUCUCUCGGAGCAUAUCAAGACUACGCCAUUACAGAAGCCCAGGCAUUUUUCAAAAUACCAGAGGAUAUGGGGCUCAAGAAAGCCGCAGUAAUGGUCCUAGUUGCACAAACCGUCCUUAACGGUAUCCUCAAUUGUCUCAAAUUCGGCCUUCCGUGUGCUAGGGGCGGUGCCAGUGGUGUUGGAGUUGCAGCCAUCCAGAUAGCUAAGGCUGCUGGCUUUGGGCCAAUUUUGGCUACAGCAUCGCCACAGAAUCAUCAGGCCCUAUGCGACAUCGGCGCGACCCAGUAUUUCGACUACAAGAGUCCGACAAUCAUCACAGACAUCCGCUCUGCUGUUGAAGAAACUGGCAUGAAGCUGAGGGUUAUAUUUAAUGCGGUAGUAGGCAGCGCGGAUUCUUUGGAUCCAAACGAGCAGCCUCCAUUCAAAGAGAGUACACCAGCCUUAGCAAAGAGCUAUUGCUCUGACGAAGACCAGCCAGAUAAUCUCAAACUGACAGCCGUGUUACCUAUCGUCAAAGAUCCAUCUUACAAACAUGCCAUGUGCUGGAGGCCGUAUGAUGCCUUGGAUUUCAUCGGUUGCCCGCAGGACCCACAGGCUCCCUUCCGAGUCAGGAAGGCAAUGGAAUGGCUCAUGCAAGACCAUGGAGCACAUUAG